AAAAAAAAAAAAAGAAAGAUAAUGCAGCGCUGUCCAGCAAUUUUUUUUUUUUUCCAAUUUUAUUUGAAGUUUCAUUUCAAACAGGGCAAAAUAGCAGUGGUAUGCAAUGCUACAAAAUAGCAAAACAAAGUAAGACAUUUAAUAAAUGGGAAUAUGUAAAGGAAGAAGAAAAAGGGGGAAAGAAAGGAAAAAUAGAAGAGAGAAUAGAGUCCCAUUAGAGUGCACUAUCAUACAUUCAAAUCUCGCAAUCAGGUUGAGUUCCUGUUUUAUAGCUUGUAUAGAGGGGAUAUCUGAAGAUGGCCACUUCUUGGUUAUAGACAUUCUAAUUAUAAAUGGGAAAUGGAUGAAGAAGGUAAAAUUAUGCAUGUUUAUAUUGUUUUGAUGAGGUGUAUUGUAUAAUUCCCAGUAAAGACAAAGCAGGUGUGAGUUGAAUGUUGCAGUGUAGAUUAGUUGGGCCACUUGGUUCCAAAAAGGUUGUAAUAUAUGACGGGACCACCAAAUAUGUAGGAAGGUUCAUCCAUAGUUUCUCCAACAGGUAUUUAGUAUAUUAAAGAUGUACAAUCUAUUUGGUGUUAGAUACCACUUAUACAUGAGCUUUCUAACAGUCUCCAGAUGGUUAAUACAUUUAGGAGAGCUGAUUUUUGAAAUUGCAUGUUGCAAUGUUUAGGCAUUUAUUUAAUUGCGAAUCUUAAUUGAGCACUGUGACAUUUUAAGAACUGCUUGAAGGUGGUAUAAACUUUUGGAGUAAAGGUAAGAAAUUUUUCAUUAAGAAGUGUACUGUUGUUUGAGGGGCAAAUGGUUCGCAAAGGCAAAAUUAUUUGCAUUGUGAACAUUUAUUCGCAUUGCAAACAACUUGAGAACUAUUUUUCCGUUAGCUUCCUAUAUUACAUUCGCACAUUAGUGUAUAAGAGAGAUGCCCUAAAGGCUGAGAUCCACUGUUUAGACGUGUAUGUUUGUUGACAUUUUUUUCCCCAAGUUUGCAUUAAUUUGUAUUCAAUUGGAGGCAGUAGACAUUUUUAAAAUGUAGAAGUACCCUUCUUUUUUUUGCAAGGGAUUUUGAAAGUGGUCAGUGGUCUGUUUAUCUGUUAAGUUGAAGAAUAAUUGUGGACUUAAAGGUAUUUAUCUCUAUGAGAUAGAUUAAACUAAUUUUCUGUUGCAGCAGAGAGAAUUCUUAUACCAUGGUGUCCAGGUAUCUUGCCUUUAAAAGGUUUAAAAUGUAUCAGUACAGAGAUUAACUGGUUCCUGCUUUGUUCACACCUCAUAUUAAGACUGAAAGGUAAUGCAUAAUUCACACCUGUAAAACUCUGCUUUGUUCACACCAGCCAUUGCAUUGUUCACACUUGUAAAUAGAUUGCAUUAUUCACAACUCAUGCCAUUUGGUUUUUUUAGUGUGCUACCACCAUUACCGUAGAUAUGGUCUUAAAAGUUAUUGUGAUGCAAAUUAGGUGUGGUUUAAAAACUAGGAGUGGUCAAAACUGGCUUCCAUUAUCACCAAUUGAGAGAAGCUUUGGCAGCGAGAUGUCGAUUAAGGGUGAGGGUUAAGAUGCAGAUAUUCCUUCUAAAGAAGUGUGGCAGUCCACAUGAAAUGUGUUAAGGAAUAGGAUCACUGGCAAUAUAUCUGAUUUCUAUAUAUUUCUCAAUUUUCUGUUAUUCUGUGAGUAUACCCAGUUAUGGUGGCACAUUACUUUUAAAUAAAUACAUCUGUACAUGCUUGUAACCUUUCAUGAUCAUGAAUAUUGUGUGAAUACUUGUAGGUACCAUGGACUCGGUAUAAACUUGGAAAUGUGUUUACUUUAAAGUUUGGUGAGUAGGCAAUUUUACCAUUGGGCGGCUGAUGUAUCGAUCUUGGUCUAACUUUCUUGAAGGAUCCUCAACACAUGACACUUUAUUAUAAUUAAUUAAGGCUAAUGCACCAUAGUAUUCAUUUUGCGCUUCAUUUUUACUAACCUAUGUUAGUAAAUCUGCACUAAAAUGGCCUAUGUUUGUUGCACUUUUCACUAUUCAUAUUUGUUGUUGCUCCCUGAAUCACGUCUACUAGAAUGGGGUAAGAGUUGUGUCUCACUCUGUAGGUCAUGCUGUUAGGCUGCAUUUCAUAUAGAAAGGGCUAAACACCAGUAUUAUAUGGACUUGCCUUAGCUGGUACUCCAUUUAGAAUAUGCAAGAUAGGAAGCACCAGGGGGACCAGAGGUACUAGAUAGUCCUGUAUUAGAUGCUUCUCAUGGCAGGUGGUAAUUGCAGCAGGGAAACCCCCUGUGUGGUUUAUUUGUGGAACAGUGCAACAUUUUAAGCAAACACCCCUUUGUCAAGCAUUUGGAUACAUGUAAAAUGAAAUGUAAUGAAAGUUAGUAUAUCCAGGUGUACCUGGACUUGGACAUUUAAAUUAUUCAAAUGGACUGUUAUUGCUACAUAUUAACUGUUUUUGAAAUUUUGUACCUGGAUUGUGAACUACUUAAGGCUUAUUGACAUUUUCUACUGCUGCUUGUUGGGGGCGGGUUUUGUAAUUAAUAUGUUAAUUUUCCUUGUUUAAAUGUUCAUGUUUUGCAUGUGUCUGUAUGCUUGACAAAAGGGUGUUACCCUGAAAAGUUGUACUGUUCAACAAAUAAACAACACCAGGAUUUUUCCUGCUGCAAUUACAUCUUGUGCAAGUGAAUUUUUCUUGUACUCCUAGUUUGGGGGUGCCAAUCCCGAUGUCAUUGUGCGCGACUAUCGUGACUAACUGGAAUGGUAAGGGUGUGUGAACUCAUUCCUUACUUCCUUACUCAUUAGGUGGCAGGUACAUAGUGCUCUACAACUGUACCAGUAUGUGUGAUAAAUGAGCACUAUUGUCUACAGGAAAGGAAUAGUUAAGCUUUGUUAUCUUUUCUUUAAAUAAAUGCAUCCCUUGUGUUUGAUGAUAAAGGACAUUUUUUGUAGUCAAUGUUAAUCACUCUUUUCAACUUUUUUUUUUUUUACCUCCCUUCUUUUUUUCAUACUGUUGUGUCUCUGCUAUGCUGAUAUUUUAUUUCACCCCUUAUACAUUAUUACUUCCUCCAUUGUUAUGUUAUCAUCACUGCCAAAUAUAUACCUUCACCCCACCCCAGUCUCCCUCCAUUACCUCAUUUGCUUCACCUUCAUUCUCCCAUUUUCAUUCUGUUCUACCCGUUCCCUUUUUACAUGUCCUACACUUUGUACCUGCUAUCCAUCUCCACCUACUGCUAGCUGUCAAUCCCAAAAUUUAUCCCGUGUACCAUUUCCUCUGCCUAGCUUGGCACAAAGAGUAUUCCUCCAGAACAAUCAUAUUUCAGAGAUAGGUCCAGGACUCUUCUCUCACCACACUUCUGUUCUCUGGCUUUUUUCCAACCACAUCUCUUUGCUGCUUCCCGGAGUCUUCAAUGGACUGGAGAAUUUGGAGGAGCUGGAUCUGGGCAAUAAUCCCAAAUUUCCCUUUCUGCAGUCGGACACCUUUGAUGGUCUCAAGUCUCUGCGUUCACUGCACCUGUAUCGCUGCCACAUAUACAGGCUGCCAUCUGGUUUGUUUCGGGGCCUUUAUUCCCUUCGGUACCUCUAUCUACAGCACAACCGUCUAACAGUACUCCCGGUUGGCUUAUUUCGUGACCUCUUCAACCUAACUCAACUCUUUCUUCAUGGAAAUCUCUUGCAGUCUCUCCCAGCAGAGUCUUUUUUUGGUCUUUCUAGCUUGGAUCGUCUUCUGCUUCAUAAUAACCGGCUAGUGGUUGUCUCACCUAGAGCAUUUGUUGGUUUGAAGAGCCUCACCAUACUUUUCCUUUUCAAUAAUAGCCUGCCUGCCCUUCCAGGUGACUGUUUAAAACACUUAACAUCCCUACAAUUUUUACGACUGAAUGGAAACCCAUGGCAUUGUGACUGUACUUGCCGCUCAUUGUGGGGAUGGUUUCAUUUCACUCCAGGUGUCUCCAGUUCCCCUGUGUCUUGCAAUUCUCCUCCAGCCCUAAAAGGGAGAGAUCUGCGCAUUCUAGAAGAAAGAGACCUCUGGUUUUGCACUUCUAAUAUUCUACCUUCUAAUGUAAACCUGUCAGGUCUUGCUUUUCCACCCAAACCAUCAUCUUUCUACAUACAAGUUGACCCAGUAGCUGUUUUGGAGGCCAGAGAGUGGGAUGAGGGGGGUGGAGAAAGUGGUAAUUGUGCAACAAUUUUAACUGAAAAAUGGUAUUUAUUAAUUUCCAUUCUUCCUAUGCUCAGCUGGAAAGUAAAUAUAUAAAUUUGAGCAGAUAAAGCUGAAUCUGUUAACCCACCCCUACGAUGUAUCAACAUUAACAAAUUAUAGCUGUAUAACCUAUUUAAAAUCCCCAAACUGACAUAUAUCUUUCGCCUAUCCCCAAUAAUAAUUCCCCACUCAACCUUUAACAAACUCAAGGGACUUGUGUUAACAUUGUUUUGGAUUGGGGAACAACCUAGGAUCUCACUGUAAACUCUGCAGUUGUCGACCAUAAGACGGGAGCUGGCUGCACUAAACCCCUAUUAGCAGCACAACUCGUAGCGGCUUGGAGGUAGACCUCAGCCUCGCUAACUAAUGCAGCCACCCUGCUCGAAGCAAAAAUCUUGGGAUCCCUAGAGUUUAAAAACCUUCUACAGAGAGGCAUAACAUACACAAAAAAAGCCACCCCACUAAUGAAAGUCAUAGUCAGGGCAUGGAAAAUGGCAAUUAAACAGUUC